AUGUCUGUUGCGAUUCCAAGAUUCAGUUCAGGAUCUGCAAGACGAGCGACUCAAUCAGCGCCACCACUGUCUACUGUACCCCGUGUAUAUUUCGACGCAGACUUUCACUUAGAAAAUCCUCGCACAUUUGACGUGGUCAGUGAGAGAUCAGAGGUUGUUCGUCCACCGCCAGGGCUGCUCAAUGAAAAGGCUUCAAAAGGAAAUGCAACAGCGCCACGGAAAGCCCUCGCAACAAACGCGAUACUACAAGAAAAACUAUCCUGGUAUAUGGACACGAUAGAAAUGUACCUUAUAGCUUCUAUUUCAGCGGCUUCCACGGCAUUCUUCACUGCAUUAGGUUCGCUACAAGAACUUCAAUCAGAAGCCGCUGAUUCCGUGGAGAGAAUCAAGGCUCUCAGGAAAGAGCUCGAGGCUUUAGAUAAAGAGAUUGUAAUAAGCGGGUUAAAUAUUAUCCAGAAGCGACAACGACGGGAGCAUCUCCAGCAGCUACACGACGCAGUCCAGCAACUUCAACAUAUUGUCGAUAGCGUUGUUGCCUGCGAGUCUUUGGUAGACAAUGGAGAAGUGGAGAAGGCCUUAAAAUGUGUCGACUCUCUCUCGAAGCUCAUUGCUGGCGAGCCAGAUGCUUCACAGGCACCAUUACAUAUAGAUGGACAAGAUAUUCAGUUACGAGACCUUAGGGCCGUAAUAGCGCUACAAGGCGUGAAUGACGAUUUGAUUACGCUACGCAUCCGAAUCGGCAAAGCUUAUGCAGCACGAUUUCUCAGUCUCCUUAUGGGAGAUCUCGGGCGCCACACUGAUGCCGUCUCCACGCAGGAGGUACUCAUGCGUCGGACUAGUGCUUCAGUACGGUCUCGAGGCGGCCAUACACAGGAGGCUUCUGUCGUCCCAUCCUAUAUGAGCUCGACCGAUGGUCUUCGGUCCGAGUUACUAGAGGUCUUGACCAGCUUGCAUAGAGCAAAGCACCUUACCAGUGCUACUUCGGCUUAUAGAGAGGCUGUACUGAAGGAAAUUCGCAACCUAGUUCGGCGACCUCUACCUACUUCAAACGAUGAUGAUAAUGAAUCGAUUUUGUCUUCGUCAACCAUGGCCAGGGGCCAGUUCGCCCCGCAGGAGAAAUCGUCUAUUCUAGCUCGAAACCUACGAGCUCUUCAGCCUGAAGAAGCUGAAGAACUACUGAUCAAAAUUUAUAUUAGCGUCACUGAGACGUUGAGGAGGUCAACAACACAAGUCAAACUGUUGCUAGACGUUGCUAGUUCGUUAGGUGAUGACACUGGUCCUUCAGGGUUAAGAUGUACUGAGAUGGACUCACCGCCCAUUACUCCUGCCGCCUGGAGGCCUUCCGUUGCGGCACUCGAGGCACAAGAAAUCCACAAAGCCAUAGACUUACUAAGUCUCCUAGGUGAAGCUGUGGACGUUGCACAGAAUAAGACUGUGAAGCUCCUCAGGGUUCGUUCAGAGCAGAGUACGCACCUAUCACUAAUUCGCUUCCUCCGGUAUUUUGCUCUCAAUCUCUACUUUACCAACGAGUGUGAAUCAAUCUCUGGGCAAAGCGGUACGGCCCUAAAGACAAUUAUCAAUGGGCAAAUUCAAGACUUCAUACAGCAGCACGGCGAUGUAGAAAAGCAAAAGCUUGUCCAGGGCAUGGACUCUGACCAAUGGGAGGCGAAGGACUUUUCAGAGAAACAUACCGCUGAACUUGACAGGAUUCUAUCCUGUAGUACGAAAGACCCGGCUGAGUGGUCAGAUGGUAUUAAACCUUGGAUUCUGUAUUCAGAUGACGACCCUGGUUUUAAUUGCGCUGAUGAUCCGCAACUCAACAGCGAUGAUAAAGCCAAGACUAGGAAUGCGUCCAUUCACGAGGAAAUAUUCGUACUUCCUAGCUCCGCAAUUAUUUGCAUGAAUGGUGUGGCCCGCUUCUUACAACUAAUAGUUGGUAUCCCAUCAAUGACUUCAGACAUCGUGGCUUCAUUGGUCUCCUAUCUCCAGCUUUUUAACUCGCGGUGCACACAACUUAUCUUAGGCGCAGGGGCCAGACGAUCCGCAGGCUUAAAGAACAUUACAUCAAAGCAUCUGGUUCUCGCAUCGCAAGCAUUGACGUUCGUUGCAACCUUGAUCAGCUAUAUUCGCGAGUUUGUCAGGCGCCACGCUGGAACUGGUGCUGCUGCUUCGAGUCUAGUCGAAUUUGAUAAGGUCAAACGUCUCUAUCAAGAGCACCAGAACAGCAUUUAUGACAAGAUAGUCGAAAUCAUGACCCGCCUUGCAGCCUCACAUGUAAAGACUAUCAAACUUAUCGACUGGGACAAUGAGCAAAAGAAUGUGCAUUCCUACAUGGCGACAUUAACAAAAGACACGACCUCGUUACAUCGAAUCCUGACAAAGUCUCUUCCAGAAGCAACUGUUGGAAUGAUCAUGACUCCAGUAUUUAUCAGUUAUAGGAAUCAGUUCGGCAAGGCGUUCCAGGAGGUAGACCCCAUGACGGAAUUAGGCCGGGAGAGCAUGCUACAUGACAUCGAGUUCUUUGAAUCCAAACUCGGCAAAUUGGAUGGUUUUGGUGAUACUGCAGAAUACCUGACCACAAUUAUCAAGUCCAAGCAAGUCACGACCGGACGGCCAGCCAAUCUAGCCGAUGGCCAACUAGAAAAGAAAGACACUGAAAACACUGCGAAUUCGGCCGAGACAAGGGAUAACACUGAAGAUAAAGACGAAGAGCCGGAUAAAGCAGAUGAUGGCAAAAUCGCUGCCGACGCGGUGUCGGACCCGGAAGCCAAGUAA